UCCGACUGUGCCGCGCUCCCACGAUGAGCACUGUUACGACCUAGCUCUCUAAUUUAAUACGCGAAAUUACACAUUUGCGUGCGACAAGAGUUAUGUAGAAAACAGUGCCACCCUUCACCCUCGAUGUAAACUAAAGGAAUAAAGUAACGUGAUAAUUAUGACAAGCAAUAUUAAAAUAGAAUAUAAAUAUAAUGAAUAAUGGAUAAAAUGGACUUCCAAGUAACAUAAAGUUGUGCAUAUCAAAUUAUGGACGUUCAGAAACAGCAUUUAUGCCCACGGUUGGUGGAUUAUCUAACUAUUGUUGGUGCAAAGCCCUACACAUCGGGCAAAGGGUUGGCGCCGGUACAGGCACCCGAACUACUCAGACGGUAUCCGCUCACAAAUCACGAUGACUUCCCAUUGCCCUUGGACAUGGUUUACUUCUGUCAGCCCGAGGGCUGCGUGUCCGUGGGACCCCGCAGACAACUCGCGCAUAUCACCACCAGGGACACCACCUCGUUUGUUUUUACACUCACCGACAAGGAUUCAGGUAAAACCCGCUAUGGGAUCUGCAUCAACUUCUACCGUGCGGUGGAGCGUGCUCCGACGCCGGGUCCGCGUGAGCGCAGCGGGCUACGGCGCGAAUCGUGGCGCAAGUCCAUGGAGAGAAGCACUGACUCUGCCUUCUCCAGUGACUAUAGGAGCAGCAAUGUAGCGCCGAGUGACUCAGAUUGCAGCGCAGCACCUCGGCUUGCGCCCGCACCUCCCGACUCUGAAAGUGGCGGCUCCCAUUCACCUAGCCCUCGUGCCACUAGAAAGCGGCAGCGAGUGAGAAAUCAUUCUUUAACGUCCAUAUGCCUUUUAUCACACCACCCUUUCUUCUCAACAUUCCGAGAGUGCCUCUUUAUCCUUAAAAAAUUAAUAGAUGCCUGUAAUGAGUCUUCCAGUCCUAGGCGUGUCGGAGCGUCCAGACAAACAUUUAGAGAUACGGUAUGGUCAGUUUUAACGGGCCAAGCGUACGAUAACACACCAACAAUAGUGGUUCACGAUGUAAAAGAGAUAGAAACAUGGAUUCUACGUCUGCUAUCGGCGCCUGUGCCCGUUCCCGGGAAAACGCGCCUUGAACUCGAAGUUUUAUCGCCCACGGCUCAUGCACCCCUAGUUUUUGCGUUGCCAGACCAUACCAGGUUUACGCUCGUGGAUUUCCCUUUACAUCUACCUUUAGAGUUACUCGGGGUCGACACAUGCUUAAAAGUUCUAACACUGAUCAUGUUAGAGAAUAAAGUAGUGGUACAGUCGCGGGACUACAAUGCUUUGUCGAUGUCAGUGAUGGCGCUGGUGUCGAUGCUGUACCCACUGGAGUAUAUGUUCCCCGCAAUACCCCUAUUGCCAAGUUGUAUGAGCUGCGCUGAACAACUCUUGCUGGCACCGACGCCAUUUCUCAUUGGAAUCCCGGCUAACUUUCUCACCUACAAGAAGAGCUUCAGGUUUCCAGACGACAUUUGGGUGGUAGAUUUAGAUGCAACCAAACUGACGUGUCCCACCGGCAACGACCAAGACUUGCCACCAUUGCCGGAGCCGGAAAGCUCGGUCCUAAAAAAUCAUUUAAAACAGGCUAUGCAAGUCAUGGGAACCGCCGGAACUGGUGCCCUAAGCAGUCUAACCAACAGUUCUGCUGAGCAUGCCACCGCACCACUCAUGCCCUCAAGAAGAGAUAGCGUCGGAGGAGCGACUCUUAAAGUGCAACCAGCCUCAUUCAGGGAGGGUUCACACAGCACGCCGGAGAGCCGGCGUGUUUCCGUGGGCAGCGCACACACGCAGCGACUGUCGCUUGCGUCACCGCAGCCGCCGCACUCAUCGCAAUCGCCCCACUCCCCUCCGCAGCCCUUUAACCCUCUCAUAUAUGGCAACGACGUUGACUCCGUGGACGUUGCUACUAGAGUUGCUAUGGUGCGUUUUUUCAACUCACAGAACAUUUUGGCGAAUUUCAUGGAACAUACUCGUACGUUGCGCCUAUAUCCACGCCCUGUAGUAGCGUUUCAGAUCAAUAGUUUCUUGAGGUCAAGACCGAGAACUAGCUCUUUUUUGAACAAAUUCGCUAGAACGCAGGCAGUAGAAUUCUUAGCAGAGUGGUCACUAACGCCAUGUAACGUGGCCUUCCUACGAGUACAAACUGGUGUAUUUGACCCUCGGCAAAUCGGAGACAAACCCAAGUGGUUUGCCGACCAGCUCCAGCCCAUUCGAUUUGCUGUUUGGGACGACGGAAGUUCCUUGAACGGCGCAUUGCGACAGCUUCAGAGACUAGAAAAUCAGCCUACAGAUGAGAGUGGAUCAGACUCAGAAGCUGCAGAAAGUACAAGUUCCUCGUAUUCUUCGUUGAGUGAUUUCGUUUCUGAAAUGGCCUCCUCUGAUUUAUCACCAGGAGGAAAUGCUCAUCAACAACAUGUAGUUGGCGAGACCUAUAACGCGGUUAUACAAGUUCCAAUGACGCUAUCGUCUUCAUUAGACCCAAAAACGGUAUAUACUCCUCCUUCGUCUCUAAUGUUCGGAGAAGAAGAGGUACCCCGAAGAGAGGGUCGGGAAUCUACAUCCCCAUCACCGUCUGCUUCCAGUUCAGAACACAGCGAUUUAUCCGAUGAUGAAGUUCCAGGAGCCAUGGAUAGACCUGAUGUGACUGAUAGUCAACCGGCACCUGUGAAAAAGAGUGACACGGACAGCGGCAGUUUAGGGUUGGAGUCGGACUCCAACUCGACUACGACCCCCGCCACCGUGGCGUCGCGGCGUCCACGCUCGCCCCACCGCGCCCCCCUGCCGCACCACCCCUCGCAAUCACAAGCCGCACAGCCCUCACAGCACAGCACAAGACCCAAGGGUUCAAACGCUGGUGUAUCGAGACAGGCAUCACAGACUUCCCUCCUCGAACAGUUUGCUGCGCAAGCAAAGGAACUUGUGCGGGAAACCACACGUCAAAGCAGUCAGGAAGGAUUAUUAGCUCAUAUGGACAAGAAAGGAAAAGUUGCACAAGUGGAGGAAAAGAAUAUUUUUGCGCCUUUUGACAAGCUUACGCUACACGCUAAGAAAGCUGCCGAAGAAGCUUCGAAGAGUGUGCAAGAAGCGUCGAAAUCCGCACUAGAGGCCAGUAAGACAGCUACAGCUGUGAGCAAAAACACCUUCGAAGACCUUUCGUACGUUAGUAAAUCAACAUUUGGAGAUCUCACAAAGAGCGCCAAGGAAGUUGCUGCGAAGAAAGGUCUAUUAAAGGGAGAGAGCCAAGACGGAUCUGCGGGACAAAAUGCAAGAAGAGAUUCAACAGCGUUACAGACAACAAAUUUGCUGGCUACAACCCAUCGAGAUUUCUUUUCUAAUAUUAGUUCUGAUCUGAACGGCCUUGCUGCAUCGACAUCCAGCAUGUUUAGCGACUUUUUUGGAUCAAAAGGAAGGCAACCGAAACCCGCGGAGACGCCUGCGCAGGCCCCACUGUCAGCGACUUUCGGACCCUUCUCGCAAGGCGCUCGCGGCCUCGUGCAGCGUUCUCCGCUCAUACGUCACUCAUCCCCGACUCCGCCUACGCCGCAACCCACUACACGAUCCGCCAACAGUGAAAACCAGGCUUUCCUUAACGAUUUAAUUCAACACGCUCUUGAAGGCGAGGGCGUAGGUUGGCUUAAACUAAAUCGCUUAAAGAAACUAAUGGAGGACGAAUCGUACAGAAACAUGGUGCUCAGCAAACUGAAUAGGAAUUUCAACAGGAAGACGUCGCCUAAUGACAAAGUAGAUGAUGCAUUUAUCAGCAAGCCAGUGUGGAAAGGGAUGCUGAAAGUCCUUCAGGCAGUUGUUCACGGUUUAGAACUUACUUAUUCCAACUUUGGUCUCGGUGGAAUGGCUUCAGUCUUCCAACUAGCGGAGAUGGCACACACUCACUAUUGGAGCAAAGAAGUAGCUGGGCUAGAGCAUGGUGGCAUGGCGGGCUCUGCUCUAUCGGAACAUUAUGGGCGACAAGAUAUAGAAACACCAUCGUCAACACAGUCUUCCAGAAAAAGUUCGUCAUCAGAUGUGCCUGUGGUAAAUUAUCCAGAUAUGGGUCCGGCUGAAACACAAAGUACAACCGAGAUAUUCAAAGAUAUGUUGAAUCAGAAAAGGAAUCUUCUAUUUAGCAAAUUAUCGUCCUUCGAUUCAGAUGCAGCAGCGUCCUCGGACUCGCCGGAUGACAGCGGGUCCAUCACCACAAACCGCGCCACUCUUAUCGACCACCGCGCCUCUUUUAAGUCUAAUCUCUCUGAUACUGAUGUCAUGUUCCUCAAUGUGGAACGACCAGGCAGCAAAGGUCGGCCUGGGAGUGCGUAUUCGUCCAAGUCGUCCUUGAGCGGGCGUCCAAUGGCAGGAGUGCCCACAACCUCACCGCUCACCUCGCCUGAAACAGCACGCACUUACCUCUUUCAGGGACUUAUAGGAAAAGAAAGAUCGAAUCUAUGGGACCAAAUGCAGUUUUGGGAGGAUGCAUUCCUUGAUGCAGUAAGCCAAGAGCGGGAUAUGAUUGGUAUGGAUCAAGGUCCGAACGAAAUGAUGGAACGUUACAAGUGUUUGAGCGAGACAGAGAGGAAACGCCUUGAGCACGAAGAAGACAGGCUUUUGUCGACUGCUUUGUAUAAUUUGACUGCUGCGUUGGUACUAUUCGGUGUGGAAGCGGACAUAAUUCGGAAUAAAGUAAGACGGUUACUGGCUAAGAGUCAUAUUGGCUUAGUGUACAGCCAAGAAGUUAAUCAUCUGCUCGACGUGGUUCACAAUUUGCAUGGGAACGACAUAAGUCUGAAGACGCUGGGUUCGCGUGCGGUGCGGCGCGCAACGUUCACUGUGCAUGAAGGCGACGCGACUGGCGCGUUGCGAUUCAUGGAAGUUCGACAUGAUGGCCUCGUACUGCGCUCCACGCAAGGGACGAUAGUAGAAAGGUGGUGGUACGAACGCUUGGUAAACAUGACGUAUAGUCCCAAAAUACGAGUUUUGUGCCUUUGGAGGAAGAAUGGUGGUCAGACGCAACUACAUAAAUAUUACACUAAAAAGUGCAAAGCGCUAUAUUACUGUAUCAAAGAGGCGAUGGAAAAAAGCGGAAGACGGCAAGAUGCGGCCGAGCUCGGAGGCGAGUUUCCUGUUCAGGAUUGUGCCACAGGCGAGGGUGGUCUCAUACAGGUGUGCAUGGAAGGCGUUGGACUCCUGUUCCACCACAGCAAGGAUUUCGAGUUUUUCGUGCGGCUCGAUCACAUACGCAAAUGCUUCACUCAGAAUGGCGGAAUCUUCGUUUUAGAAGAAUUUAAUCCCAAGACGAGACAGAUAAUACAGAGAAAAUAUAAGUCAAUAAUGGCGGAUCAAAUAUGUUACGCGGUGCUAUGCGUGUUCUCGUAUUUCGCUGCGGGCCAAGAGCAGAAGAAAGCCAUUCUAGAGCAAGCAGCGCGUAUACAACCCCCGCCGGAUAGCGCGCCUGUCGCCACACCGGGCUCUGCGGCGUACAACCCAGAACUUGACGCAACCCACGUGCAACAAAAGUCUACUUCACAGAUGGAUAGGAGACCGUCAGAAAUAAAAACUGGGGAGUUUACCGAAAGGCAACGACUACCACCGGAUAGGCAACCGCGCAUUCUUCCGGAGAGACCGAGGUUACUCCCAGAACAACCCGUUCGCGUUGAGAGUCGGGAAAGUUCGGAGAGUGGCGAAUGCGGGAGAAAAGAGAGUGCGGAGAGGAUGGAGGGUACGAAGCCUAUUGCGCAAAGAACGGAGAGUUUGCCACCGCGCAGGCCGCCACCACCUACGCCGCCGCAACAGCGUCUGUCGCGGGCGCACUCGCAAGCCUGUCCGCCGCGCCCGCACGAGCCUCCCACGAUUCCACCGCGGGUCGGCGCGAGUCCCCGCGCCGGUGCACCUCCCGCCCUACCUCCGCGACAGAUGUCUGCUGCCGCGGACAUCAGCUGUAGCCCCAGAAGUUCCCCAACAUCGAGUCCAGUGCGACGCGGCGGGCUUACCCGGCAGGGCUCUGUAAGUGCCGUACCCGCCACCCCAGCGGCGCCAUUCACGAGCAACCCCUUCACCGCGACCCGCCACGCCGAGUUCGUGAUCCCGCAACGCAGCAACGCGCGCCGACAAUCCUCCGACCGCAGCUAAAUAGAUCUAACCAAACUAUUUGUACAGUGAAAUACUUUUACCCUGACAAUAAUAAUUAUGUAGGUAUGAAUGCAAUGAAAUUCAUCCGAGGGCAGCUUAAGUAAAAUAAAGAAUAAAAGGUGAAUAUUUCUUAAACAAAUAAUAAAGUGAAAUUUCUUUUAACCGUACAACUAUGUUUCACCAUAGCUAAAGAAAAUGUUGAACUUUGUCGCCAUGAUAAUAUCGAUUUUUCCGAAAUGGUAACCCCAUUUCUACAGAAGUAGGAUUUAAUUGUAUUCAAGCGAAAAGUCAAGCGUUUUUUUACCGUGUAUUUUAAUUCUGGGAAAUACUAACGAUUUAGUAUUUUUAUAUUUACUGAAUGUUUUAUUUGGUCGUUAAUGUAUUAUCUUUAAAAUUUUGAAAUCCCCGAACCUCUUACUUAUAUAAAUAUUUGUGCAACAACGUCCAUUACUUCUUAUUAACCUGCCCGUGAUAAUAUUCUUUGUACCUACUUUAAAAAAUCUAAGAAACCUUACGUAUAUGUUGACUUUGAUAUCUGUUAUGUAGUCGUCAUAGUGUGCAUAGGGAGAAUGGUAGCUUAGUAAAAAAACCUACUAUCUACAGCUACAGGCCCUACAGCUCAACCAGUACCAAUAGGUGAUAAUAAUAAUAUUAAUUCAUAAUGGUGUUAAUUAUAGGAGAGAACCUAAUAACCCUGCCUGUAGUAUAGUCACUGAACAUAUUUGACAAGUUAUAUUUUUCAGAGAUAGGAUUAACUGUUUAAGUAGGCACCUACCUAUACCUAAAAAUAAAAGAUAUAGCAUAAGUAAGUUAUCCUAGAUAUAUAAAUAAAUCACCUACAUAAAUGCAUUAAAGUAUAGAGAGUAUAUGUGUAUUGUGCAUUUUAGAAUAGUUGUGAAUAAUCUGAAUAAAAUUAAAGGAUGCCUCAAUGGAUUAAACUUUUCAGCAGAUCAACAGAUUUAAAUAUUUAUUAUCGUUUUCAAUACACAUAGAGGUAUAACCGCAAUAAUUGAGAUGUUAUUAAGUAUAGGUCAUGCCACGUAAAAAGAGCUUCGAGGGUCUCCCUACUCUUUGUGAUUUAUAAAAACUGUAUGAUAAGUGCUUAUCGUAUUGUUUACUGAAUAUAAUAAGACCGUUAGAGGUAUUUGUAAUCUAUUCCAAUAAAAGGAGGAGGUAUUUUAUUCGGUUGUUUUAUGUUUGUUACCUCUGCAAGAGUUCAGAGUUCAUUUAUAAACUGAUUUAGAAAAUGAUUUCUUUAUUUUAUAUUUUUUCAAAUGCCUAUUAUUUCAUUUUUGUUACCUUAGAAGCCAGAUCAUUGACAUUUACACCGAUUUGGUAAAUUAAUUUUAUAUUUGCAAGACUAUAAUUUCCAUUUCGGUUCAGUAGUUUGGAUUUAAAUCCAAAUAACAAACAAGGAAAUAAUUAGCAUCCAAGGAAACGAAAUUUCAUCACAUACCUACAAUGAAGACUAUUUUAUCUUGUCAAAAUCCUAUUAUUGCGUGACGCGACCUAUACUUACGUCCAAUAUACAUGUCCCGCAAAAUCUGACAUAUGUCCGUGGUGGAUUAGUACUUUAAUUUCACUGGGAUACAAACCUAGGAUGAUACAAUAAUAUUAUACUAUUGAUCAAAUUCCGUCAUUUUCAUUGUAAUGUAACACGAGUGAAAGAUAUAGAUUAUAUGUUUAUACAAAAGGUCUAUUAAUAGGAUUAAGUUGCGCCUUUGUAAUGGAAAUCAAUAACUACUUUGAUUUUAUUAGACUGCAGUUUUGCUUUUUUAUGCCAGUUAUUAAUAAUAUCGUCACACUGACCGCAAUAAAUGA